UCUAUAGUGCUACAAGAGCCAGAAUUAUUUGCAAUGAAUUUGAGAAGCUCCAACAAGAUAUCAAGAAUGAAAUACAAUCACUAUACCCUCCUGAUGACCCUGAUCUUCAUGAUUAAUGAUUGCAUGGGACAGACUUCAUGUGUGGUGGAUUCAUUUACUGUGAAGGAAGACUUUGACCCCAAACGGUAUGCAGGUAAAUGGUAUGCUCUGGCCAAGAAAGACCCAGAAGGAUUGUUUUUACAGGAUAAUAUCUCAGCUGAAUACACCAUUGAGGAGGAUGGGACUAUGACUGCGUCUUCCAAAGGCAGAAUGAAGCUUUUUGGAUGCCCAGGGACUCUGAUGUGGAAGUCACGAAGUGGAAGCCCUGGCUCAUAUAGCCCUGGUGAUAAUUACUGGGUGAUUGACACAGAUUAUGAUAACUAUGCCAUCACCUAUGCUUGCCGCACUGUGAAGGAGGAUGGGUCCUGUGAUGAUGGAUACGCCAUUGUUUUCUCCCGCAACCCUCGGGGCCUUCCCCCUGUCAUUCAGAAAAUCGUGCAGCAGAAACAGGAGGAAAUCUGCAUGUCUGGCCUGUUCCAGCCUGUGCUACAGUCAGGGGCUUGUUAAAUCGAAACUCCUCCAGUCCAGAGAUGGAGUAAAAGGCCUAAUGUAAACAUCUCAAACGUGUUCCUCACAAAUUCUUUAAAUCAUUUCCCCCCCAAAGCACUUUUAAGUGCUAAUUUCUAGUAUUUAGACUUUUGAAAGAAAACUGGCUCAAGGAUACAGCACAUUAUUUCUCGUAUGAACUCUUGCAUAAACUGAUGCAUCAGUUUAAAAACUAGACCUUUUUCAAUUAUCUUUUAAUUUUAAUUUAACCUCUCUUGGGCAAAUACUUAUCUAGUAUGGCACUGAAUCCUUCAGCAAGAUACAGGCCUUAUGAAUGUAAUUUUCCUACUGCAAACUUUUCUCAAAAUCCUAUGCCAAGUUUUUCUUUUUCUGCAUUAAUUCCAUUAUUAAUUCUUAUUAAUUUAAAUAGAGAAGCACCAGUUAUACACAAGAUGUUUAUG